CGCCCGCCCAGCGCCGAGACCCCGCCUCGGGGCGGGAGCAGCGCGGGCGGUGCCGGGGGCGGGCGCGGCCCCAGCGAGGCACAGCGGGAGGAGGCGCGACCGGCGGCAGCGGAGCGAGGUUCACUGUCUCCAUGGAAGUGGUACCAGCCUGGGCCCCAGCAGUGGGGUUCACACUCCUGCCCCAUGCAGGGGGAUUCCUAGGAGGCACUAUAACCAAAAAGGAAAUCCCAACGUGGUAUCAAACUCUGCAGAAGCCAUCCUGGUGUCCACCUAACUGGGUGUUUGCUCCUGUGUGGGGAACUCUCUAUACAUCCAUGGGAUACGGCUCCUACCUGGUGUGGAAGGAACUGGGAGGCUUCAAGGAGAAGUCAGUGGUUCCCCUGGGUCUGUAUGCAGGGCAGCUGGCACUAAACUGGGCAUGGACCCCAGUGUUUUUUGGAGCUCACAAAAUGGGAUGGGGCUUGGUGACUCUCCUGCUCACAACUGGGACAGCAACAGCUACAGCUGCUUCCUGGUACAACAUCAACAGAACAGCAGCUUAUUUGAUGGUUCCUUAUUUAGCCUGGCUCACCAUGGCUUCAGCACUCAACUAUCGGAUCUGGAAGGACAAUCCCAGCAAGAAAAAACCUGAAUAACCAGUGUUUGGCCAGAAAGAUUGGGGUUUUUUUCCACAAUAAUUUUUUUAUACAUAAAAGUUAUGGCCUUAUUUUAUUUUUAGCUGAACUACUCACACCAUUAGUUUGCUAAUUACAAGCUGACAAAGCAGUACUUGUCAAAACAAAUGUGCCUUUACCAGGCAAGUCACUGACUGGGUUUUACAGCAAACUAAAAAGUGGUGUUGAUUUAAAAGUACUAAUGCUACAUUGUGACAGCAUUAUAUUUUAUAUGACAGCAGCACUUUUAACUAUUACCAGAAAUAAGCAGGAACCCCAUCAUGUUCAGAGGAAGAAAUCCAGCCACAUACCAACCCAGCUUCCAGAAAGGUGCUCCCAACAGUGACAGGGAUGAUUGUGGCCUGAAUCUCUCAUGUCCACCACCAGGCACAGUCCCACUACAGCUGCCAGAUAUUUGUCUUCUGGUCAUUGUACUCUGGAAACACUGAAGACAAGCUUUUUUUAACAAUUUGUGCCUUCCUACUCCGAAGCAAGGCACAUCCUACUGUCAGCUGAAUGCAUUAAACUACAUGGAAAACUUA